AUGUCUGAUAUUCAAAGCCUUUUUAAACAAAGUUGCAUCAUACCCGAUGUAAUAACUAUAGCACCGUCUGAAAUACUUAAUAUACAAUAUCCCAGUGGCGUCACUGUUGAUUUGGGAAAGGAGUUGACACCGACACAAGUCAAAGAUAAGCCUAUUGUUAAAUGGGCAAGUAAAAACACAGAGUAUUACACUCUUGCAAUGGUAGACCCAGAUGCACCAAGCCGAGAAAAUCCUAAAUUUCGCGAAUGGCACCAUUGGCUUAUAGUAAAUAUUUAUGGUGGUGACUUAAAUACAGGUGAAGUUCUGUCAGAUUACAUCGGUUCCGGACCACCGAAAGGAACGGGAUUACAUAGAUACGUAUAUUUGGUAUUUAAACAACAGGAAAAAGGCGAUUUUUCAAAAGUACCGAAAUUGCCAAGCAAUUCAGGGGACAAAAGAGGCAAAUUUUCAGUUGCUAAGUUCGCCCAAGAGUAUAAACUUGGAACUCCCGUGGCUGGAAAUUUUUAUGUCGCUAAAUACGAUGACUACGUCCCAAAAUUGUAUGCCAAAUUGAAAGGAUAA